AAUAUGUAGUAAUGGAGGAUACUCCGAAGUACACGGAUUUAGACGCGGAGUCUUCUCGAAAGUACACCAACCUAGACUCCUUCCACAGUAGCCAGCCGACAACCGGGACGCCUCAAAGCUCCGGCUACGCGCCAGUCAUGGAUCCGAAUAACCCGGCCGGUGGCACAUACAAUGGAGGGUAUUAUAGCCAAAACCCAGUGAAUCCAUCUAAUGGACACUACAAUGGGGUCAUGCCAGGCCAGGCUCCUAGACAUCAGGCAAACCCGCCACAGACUAUGUACGGAUAUCCGCCGGUAGAGCAACAAUCACCGGCAGGUUACGCGGCGCCAGCACAGCAUCAACAACCACCACCUCCUCCAGCUAAUUAUCAAAUGGGAGGGGUUCAGCAGCCACAGCAGGGACCGGUGAACCCACAGUACAUGGCCCAGCUGCACAGUGAAAUAGAAUACUACAAGAUGGAAGUAGCUAAGAUGUAUGUAAUGCCACCGUCAACUGACCUGGCAGCUAAAAUUAGAGACUUCCAAAAUCGCAUUUCAUACCUGGAAGAAAAAAAGCAAUACUUAGUGAUGGGCUCACAGUCUAACCAACAAAUGCCUCAGGGGUACCAACAGACUACUAUGAGGUAUCCGAAUCAAAAUCAGGCAGACUCGAACUAUAUGCGUAUGAGUUACCCGAGAGGACCCGCUGGAUAUCCAAACAGACAGCCGGUUCCGCCACCUCAACAGCAGCAGUCUGGACACUACUACGCUGGCAAUCAACCACAACCUGGUGGUUAUAACAUGCAGCCAAAUGGAGGCCAGGCACCUGGGUAUCCUCCGUAUUACCAGCAGAACUAUCAAAUGGAUCCGAAUCAACAAAGGCCACCGGGACCAGUACAUAGCGGUUACGCGCCAAAUCAGAAUCAGCAGUAUAAUACUCAGCACCCUAGCGCAAUGGGAGGAUAUCAAAUGGGUCCGAACUACCAAGCCGCUCAGCCCAGUGCAAUACAUCAGCAUCCGCAGCAGCAGCAAGCACCGCCACAGCAACAUGCAAUCAGACCGCAACAGGACACCUCGCAACAUACAAGUACAGAUAGACCAGCAUUUAGCAGCCAAAGUGUAGCUCCUAGAAGCUCUCCGGAAGCAGUUGUGAGUAAUGUCAGACCUGUGUCACCCCGUAGUUCACCUGGAACCAAAACAGAGGCGAAGAGUAGAAGAAACAGUAACUCAUCUGAAUCGCGAAGCAGCGAUGGAGCGAUGACACCUCAAGCAUCCUCCUUAGUGUCUAGUUUCGUUCAGAGUGCAUUCAAAAGUAAAGAAGACGCAGCUACUGAUGAAUCUAGAGCUGCAGCACAUGUAGCUACUUCAAACCAAUGCCAACGCGAAGGCAAACCGACACAAACACAGCAGUAUAAAGCAAACGAUCAGCAAUCCUUAGUGCAACAGCAAACUGUGACUCCUCAAACGGUGCAACCCAUGCUCACGCAGAACAGCAGGAGUCCAGAAAUUUCACUUCAGCAUCAGUCAUCACCCGGCUCAAAUAAAGUUGAGCCUAUUACGGUUCCCUGCUUCGAGCCCUGCGAGAUUUUAAUUCGAAAACAGUCAAAUUCGUUUGCAGAUUUAAGUGAAAGCAGUGACAAUGGAACUGAAGCAUCUAGUGACGAGAAAAGGGAAGUAAAUACAGAACUCACGGAAGUUGAAGAGCCAAAAGUAUUUUCAACAUUAUCGACUCAUUCUGUAAAUGCGCCUGAAAAUUCAACUGUUAAUCGAGUUAGUCAGAGCUUUACGAUGCAACCGGUUCCCGGUGGAGCGCCUGCUAGAUAUACACCCAUGCAACCACCGCAUCAACAAUCUUACCCAGUGCGACCUCAACCUAUUCAACCGAGCAUGCAGCCAUUGCGACCUAAUAUGUCACAUCCGCAGAUGCCGAUGCAUGGUCAGUACAGACCGGAAUACCAAAUGCAGCAUGGGUGCCCACCGGGGCCCUUCCUGCAGCCGAUGCUUCCGGGGUCACAAACCAUGGGCCCUCCUGUCUCUCGUCCUAUGGGACCUCCUGGUUCACAGCCAAUGGUAGCUGGACCACCAGGAAUGUACCCUCCGCAUUGGGUUGGGAGUGGACCGAAUGGGAUGCAACCUAUGAAUGGAGCACAGGCUCCUAUGCCCCAACAACCCCAAUGGGGCCAGCAUGGUGGACCUCCCGGAUACCUGCCUUUGACACCAUCUGGAACUAUCAUGUCGGUGCGCCCCGAAGCACCCGCAGCUAGGGGAGGAAAGAAGUCGAAAAACGGAAAUGGGUCAGCAGAAGGCAAACGGGUUAAGAAAAAGAAAAAAGACACCGAGAAAGCUAUUCCAGACUCGACGACGUCGGAGCUCGGAGAACCAAUGGGUGGCUGUAACGAUCUGUUGUUAUGUAGUGAGUUUUCGAAUAACAUGAAUGAUCAAGCCAACCUCUCUGAAGAGCCGUCUAGCUCCCAAUGUGAUAGCGCUAGUCCUACUAAGAAAGGCAAAAGGCGAGGCAGUGGAGUUGCGAAACCUAGGAGAGGAAGCAAAAAGCAGAAGGAUAAUAACAACGAAGCGGAGGGCAUCGAUGUCAGCAGCGUGGAAGUGGCUUCAAUGGAAAUGAACGCCACGUCAAUUGAAACAACAGUGAAGAGUAGUUCGGAAAUGACGACAGUCGAGUUGCCUAGUCCAUCCGAUGUGUCGCAAUCAGUGAGGAAGCCGAGACGCUUGGCGACUAAGAUCGGAAACAGUAAGAAGAAGAGGAAGAGGUUCAACUCUAGUGACGACGAGAUCAUGAUGCCUCCCGAGGAACUGAAUAUGCCUCCGGAGGCGUUUAUGGAGAAAAGGCGAUCGGAGAGAAGCAGUGCAAGAACUCGGAAGAACUAUAUAGCUGACGAACUUAUUGAUUAUGCUUUGGGAGCUGUCAGCGACGAUGAUGUAACUCUACCUCCUGAUGUCCUUCUAGAAAGUUCUACGUCGGGAUCAGUAGUUGAACCCUCUACAUCUGCUGGCGACACUGUCGAAACCAGCAGCUGUUCUACGAUAGCUGGAACUGAAGACAGCAGCAGCCAGAGUCUAUUGACAAGGGAUGAGAAAGCUGUGGGCGGUAGUGUCGGCGAAACUCCCCAGCUGUUGAUUCCGGCACAAGUGGAGACUGAUACGUUUGUGGUGGAGAAGAUUCUUAUUUCGAGGGAAAGGACCGUUAACAAGGAACCUCCUCAAGCUUCACCGAUUGAAUCUGUAAAACCGGAAGCUGAAGCCAAAUUAACUGGACCUGAGGAUGAACCGAAAACAAAGGAUAGUGAAAACGCUCAAGAUGAAGAGACACCAGAAAAGGAUUCUUCAGCUGAAGCUGCCGAACUCACUGACGCAGUAAAAGGGGAACCUUCGAGUUCUAAAAUAGAAGAAAAGAAUGACGCUGGAGCUGAAGUCAGUGCAGCUGGUGGUUCUAAAAAAAUUACUGAUAUUAAAGUCAAUACUAUUGAAUUGGCAAAAAAGAGUCCAAGCGCUGUUAAUGUUACUGCAAGUGGGAGUCCCCCAAUUGUCGUGAAGGAGUAUUUUGUCAAGUACAAGGGACUGUCUUACUUGCACUGUGAGUGGGCUACUGAAGAGGUUCUCACUUACAAGGACAAAAGGUUCCCUCUCAAGCUGAAGAGAUUCAAACAGAAGCAACUUGAGAACAGUGGAUGUGGCAGAGUUGAAGACUGCACAGAAGAGGAGCCAUUCAACCCCGAGUUUGUGGAGGUGGACAGGGUGCUGGACUGCAUGUUGUCGCCGGAUGAGGUUGACGAGACCACUGGACAGCCCAAGAGACACUUCCUGGUCAAGUGGUGCUCCCUGCCUUACGAGGAGAGCACGUGGGAAAUGGAGGAGGAUGUAGACGUGGGAAGGAUACAGCAUUACUUCAAGAUCAACGAUUUCAAACAGUAUGAGUUGCAACGGCUGUCUGCUCGAAAGACAAGACCACACUUCAAAGAGUGGAAGAAGCUAGAUGAAAUGCCAGUGUUCAAGAACAACAACGAGCUCAGGGACUACCAACUAGAAGGCAUCAACUGGUUACUCUACUGCUACUACAAACACACAAACUGUAUUCUAGCGGACGAAAUGGGACUGGGAAAAACUGUUCAGUCAGCGACGUUCUUAGAGAUGGUAUACAGAGCAGGGAUCCACGGCCCCUUCCUUGUCAUUGCUCCGCUUUCAACAAUUUGCAACUGGCUUAGGGAGUUCGAAGGUUGGACGGACCAGAAUUGCAUAGUGUAUCAUGGAUCUCAGAUCAGCAGGAACAUGAUCCAACAGUAUGAGAUGUUCCACAAAGAUCCAAAGACUGGAAAACUAAACAAGAAGUUGUACAAGUUCACGGCUCUUGUAACGACCUACGAGGUGCUUCUGGCAGAUUGCAUGGAUGUCUUCAAAGAGAUCGAGUGGCAAGUUUGCAUUAUCGAUGAAGCACAUAGACUGAAAAACAAGAAGUGUAAGCUGAUGGAUGGCCUGAACAUGUUGUACAUGGAUCAUAUUGUUCUGUUGACCGGAACGCCUUUGCAGAAUAACGUAGACGAGCUCUUCUCGUUGCUCAAUUUUUUGGACCCCGUCACUUUCAACAAUAACCAGGAGUUCAUGAAUGACUUCGGUACCUUGCAAAGCGAGGAUCAGGUAAACAAGCUGCAGGCAAUUUUGAAACCUCUCAUGUUGAGAAGACUGAAAGAAGACGUCGAGCGAAGCAUUGCACCCAAAGAGGAGACGAUUAUUGAGGUGGAACUUACAAAUGUGCAGAAAACUUGGUAUAGAGCUAUUAUUGAGAAGAACUUCUCACAUAUUGCAAAAAGUGCUAGCGGGGGCGUGAGAGCGCUUCCAAAUCUCAUGAACACAAUGAUGGAAUUGAGAAAGUGUUGCAACCACCCAUUCUUGCUGAAUGGAGUCGAAGAGCAGAUUCUGAAUGAGUUUGCAUCGGCUCCCGAGGUCCAAUAUAACCGGUACUUAGAUGCUCUGAUUCAAAGCUGUGGUAAAAUAGUUCUGAUCGACAAGCUGUUACCGAAGCUAAAAGAAAGCAAUCACCGAGUCUUGAUAUUCAGUCAAAUGGUGCGCUGCUUAGACAUAAUCGAAGACUAUAUUCAGCAGAGGAACUAUUCCUUCGAAAGAAUAGACGGAGGCGUCCGAGGCCUACAACGUCAGGCAGCUAUUGACAGAUUUAGCAAGCCUGGCUCAGAUAAGUUCAUAUUUUUACUGUGCACUAAAGCGGGAGGACUAGGGAUUAAUUUGACGGCUGCGGAUACUGUGAUCAUUUAUGAUUCGGACUGGAAUCCUCAGAAUGAUCUUCAGGCACAGGCCAGGUGUCACAGGAUAGGACAGAAGAAACACGUUCAAGUGUAUAGACUCAUCACGAAAAAUACGUACGAGCGUGAGAUGUUUGACCGAGCUAGUCAGAAGUUGGGGCUGGACAAGGCAGUGUUGCAGACUAUGAGUGGAAGGAAGGGAGCCGCAGUGGGAGGUACUGAGGGAGAUGGGACUGCAGGGGGUGCCAUGAAUGCCCCUAUGAGUAAGAAGGAAGUAGAGGAUUUGCUGAAGAAAGGAGCUUAUGGGGCUGUGAUGGAGGACGACGAUGCCGCUCAGAAGUUCUGCGAAGAGGACAUAGACCAGAUUUUGAAAAAGAGAACUCAGGUCAUCAAAAUAGAGUCUGAGGCAGUUGGGUCUACCUUCAGCAAAGCAUCUUUCACAUCCAACGAUGCGAACAAUGACAUAGACUUAAACGAUCCCAAUUUCUGGGAGAAGUGGGCCCAGAAGGCCAACGUGGACUACGGCCAGGCACUCAAGGACGAUAGGAUCUUAGAAGCACCUAGGCAACGUAGACAGACUAGAAGAUUCGAAUAUAGCCAAGUGAACGAUGACAUGUACGGUCUCUCGGAAAGUGACUCGGACGCCAGUGGAUCAGCGGCAGAGAGUGCGAAUGGGAAGGGAGAGAGAGCAAGUACACGAAAGAGCAAAAAGCGAGGAGCGACUGCACACACCGACGACAAUAGUUCGGAUGGAGGCCAGGAAUUUGUCAGGUCAGAUCUGUACCAAUGUGAGAAGGGUUUGUUGACGUUUGGGUGGGGCAACUGGCUUCGAAUCAUCGAGGGAUUCAAGUUUAGAAGAGAUAUGACAACCAAACUUGUGGAGGAUCUCUGUAGAUGUAUUCUUGCCUAUGCGUUGCAAUGGUAUCAAGGUGAUGAUAAGAUCCGAAAAUUUGUCUACGAGUUGAUCACUCCUGAUAAUGAUAAUAUAGAAAUUCUGAAGAGUCACGCGGCGCAGUCUUGUGCUGCGCCAAGAGGCAGGAAGUCAACGAGAAACAAGUCUGAGAAAAGCAGCUCGGAAACAGUAGUAGACGAUAAUCAUUGGUCUAACGGGGAGAAUCUUGAAGCAAUUCUCGGUGAUGCCACCUUCCGUAAACAUGUGCGAUACCAGUGCAACAAAGUGUUGAUAAGAGUGCGAACAUUGUUCUUCAUUCAUCACGAAAUAAUUGAUGAUUUAGCUGAGAAAGUAAACUCUGGCGCGAAUCAUAGUGAAAUCCCACUUGAGAUUGCGCCUGUGGAUGUCGCGAAACCAUGUGAGUGGUGGGACGAAGCAUGUGACAAAUGUCUGUUCAUCGGGGUAUUUAAACAUGGUUAUGAUCAGUUUACGAAGAUCAGAAAUGAUCCCACCCUGUGCUUUGUUUCUCUGGUAGGAGAAUCCGAGGCUGAAGCGCAGGAUACAUUAGACGAGGACGAUUUGGAAAACGAAGAUGUAGAAGUCCAAAACGUCAACGGAGAAGAGUCGGACGUCAAAAAAGAGCCCACGGAAGUGACAGAGGAUAAAGAAAAAGAAGAAAAUAAAAGCAGUGAUCCAGAAAAGUCUAGAAGUGGGAAUGACGAUGAAACCAACUCACAGGAGAGCAUAUCGAAUGCAGAUGCAAAAACGAAUUCCAGUCAAGAAACGAAGACACUGAGCGAAGAUACUGAAUCAUCUGAACAGUUUGCCAAUUUAUGGCCUCCAGCAUCUGCGCUGAAUAACAGACUGCGCAAGGUAAUCGCAGCUUUGCAGAAGCUUUCGAAGAAACAAAAACUGAUGUUAGAAAAAAGAAAAACACGCUUGGAGAAAAUGGCUGUUGUGAAUGCAACCAAACCCGUCGUAGAAGUCAAAGAAAAAUGGGCUAAACGGGAAGAAAACGACUUCUACAAAACCAUUUCAACAUUCGGUCUUCAAUAUACAAAAGACGGAGACUAUGUUUGGAAUAAGUUCAGAAUGAUAGCAUCGCUCAACAGAAAAUCAGACGGUGCUCUUACGCAAUAUUGCGAUGCUUUCAAAAGUAUGUGCGAGAGAGUUUGUGGGAUAAAAAUUGAGCCUUUAGAUGAUGUCAGCCAUUUGCCUCAAAUCGAGCCCAUAACUGAAGAUCGGGCAAGGAAAACUCUACAUAGAAUAGAACUUAUGCGCAGGAUUCGACUGGACGCCAUCUAUAAUCCUCUUUUCGAAAAGAGGAUCAAGUUGUGUCAGUCGGCGUUGGACAUGCCCUCUUGGUGGAUCGCGGGUGAGCAUGACCGCGAUCUGAUGUUUGGAGUGGCAAAUCACGGAAUCCUGAGAAGCGAAGUGAACUUGCUUCAGGAUCCUCAACUCUGUUUUCUGAGAGUCAAGGACGAAAUCAUGAAGAGUGUCCAGAGGAAACAUGAUGAGAAAGUGGCGAAGUUUAAGAAGGAACGUGACGGGGAGUCCACUAAUCCCGAGAACGAAGCUGCAGAGGCAACGGCGACAUCAAAUGUAAAUCUUGCAACCGAGGAAAAAACUGCUGAUAAUAACGAAAAAGAUUCUUCUAAAGCUACUGAAGUUAACGAUCAAGCUAAAGACGAAGAGGUCGAGUCGAAAGAAAAUGUAGAUGAAGAUAAGGCCAAGGAAGAGGCGCCUGAAGUUAAGCCCGAAAUUAAGUCGGAGUUGGAUCGUCAAUCGUCGUCUCCUGUGCCAGUAAAUAUAACUGACAUGCUAGGAGUUGCAUAUUUGGUACAGUGGCCAAAAGACCGUGUGUUGUUGGCCAGGUUGGAGAAAAUCUGCACCUGUAUUGAGAAUGGUAGUUGGCCGACUUUGAAGUGGACCCAGCCGCCGCCAGUUUCGUAUGACAAAAAUGGUGGGUCAGAAGUGAUGCCUGGUGACGAAGUGCUUGAAACACAAUCAGCCAAAGCGGUUUUGAAGUCUCAACUGCUGGGAGAAAGCUUCGAAGGGAUGUCAAGUGCACGAACGGCUUCUGAAGCAAUGGCCGCUUGUUCCUUCAAACCAGGACGCAGAGGUCGAGCUUCAAAUAGCGGAGUUCAUUUACCCGCAAGCCUGAGGAAGCAGAGUAACGCUAGCUCAUCCGGAGUAAUAGCCGAUGAGAAGAGUUUGUCAAAGCUAAGAGAGCUUUUUGAAAAACAAGGAUCAGCGAUGGAUAACGAGACGCCAUUGGCAUGUAGUUUCAGCGGUAUUGGUGGAAUUAUGGAUUUGUCAAUGAAAGCGGGUACGUCAGCAGCCAGCGCUAGUUCUAGAUACACAAAUAGUGAAAGAUCGACUCCAGAUUCUCGAGCAGAAGAUGCAGACAUUUCUGACCAGGGAUCUGUAAUAGCUGGAUCGGAAACUCCGGACAUCAAACGAAGAACUGUUGGCAGCUCCAAGAGAAAAAGGAAGCAUACUUCGGUAAUAAUUGAUCCAUCGAAGCUUGAUGUAGACAACAUAAAUGGCUCGGAGCAUGUGGCUGUCGUAGACCGAAUAUCAGGUGUAAAAAUAGAAGGCAGCGAUGCUCCAAUUCUGAAUAACGUUGUUGAUUUUCUGUACAAAAAUAGCACAUUUGAUAUUGCUCCUGAGUGGGAAGUAAUUGUGAAAGCACAGAAGAGGUUUCCAUCUGACCUGAUAAAGCGAGUAGCUGGCUUGAACCCUGGAGGUAGUCCCGAGUCGAAGAAGUUGAAGCAAAGUGGUAAGCAGCUGUACUCUCCGGCUAGAUCGGUCAGUCAAUCAUCAUCAGCCUCACCCGCUAGAGUUUCUUCGGCGAAUAAUGUGUCAUCUGCAGACCUCCUGUCUCAAGCAGCUUUGCUCAGCAGUUUGACCUCUAUGAGCGGAGGCAACUCUAUGAAUCCGUUCGCUAGCAUACCAAACUUACCCAAUCUACCUCUUACUCCGGACUUAGCUUCACUGGGACUCUUCAACCCGAUGUUGUCAAUGUUCCCACAGCAGCAGUCUCAAAGCUCCGAUCACAAAUCGGCAUCAUCUCUCGCGGCGGCAGCUGCUCAAAGUGCCGCUCUGAAUUACCAACUGGCUAGUUUGGCUGCGGUAUCUCUGAACCCGCUUCUCGCGCAGUCUUUGAACCCCUUUGCAUCGCUUCAUGGUUUGGGCAAUCCGUUUGGCGGAGGGUCGAAUAGCCAAGACUCCGCUAUGCAGUUAGCGGGGUUGUCCGCUCUUUUGAGUGGCUCUCUACCUCCCGGAUUGACGGCAGACUCAUUGCUAAGCUCACUGUCUCAACCGGUGAGUAAUGCUAGCAUGAUGCCAAAUGAAAGUAAUAGCAAAGCACCAAACAAUAGUUCUAGUCAAGUGUCAAGUAAAGCUAGCAACAUGUCACCGAAAGCAUCUGAAUUCAAAUCAGGAGAACAUUCAUAUUCGCCGCGGUCACCCGCAAUUGGAGGAUCCAAUUCUCCUGGAAACUCUAAGAGUGUCGCUUAUGCGUCGCCCUCUACGACACCUAAAUCAUCAAGUAAUAUGGUUACAAGUGAUAAAUCGGGAUCUUCGACCAAAUCUCAACGCUCUUCGCCUCCAGCAGCGUCUGCAUCAACCGGUACUUCUGCUUCGCCUGUGAACACAUCAACGUCUAACUUGUUGCCGAACAUUCCUCAGUUGUCCCCGAAUGACCUCUUAGCCGCGGCGUCAUUGGGGUCGCUUCCGUUCAUGAUGCCUCCUUCCAUGCCUCCAUUCCUUUCGAACAGUCAAUCUCCGGCAACAUCCAACGCCUCUGUCCUUUCAAAUUCCUCAAUUCCGGGAUUUGAUCUUUCAGCCGCAGGUCUAGAAGCGGCUCAGUUGGCAGCACUUGCGAGUCUUUGCGCCGGAGGAGGAAUUACGCCUCAGACUCAAAACGAUAUUCAAGGACAGAAUUUAUUUGGAAGUUCACCGCUUUACCCAAACUCGGAUCUGUCACGGCUAACUGGACUUACAUCUGACAGUUUCAUGAACGAACAAAAUGCACUGCUAGCACGUAUGCAAAAGGAACUGGCUGAACAAAUGGGUGAUAGUAACAUUUUAGGGGGAUACCAGUUGAAGGAUGGAGCCACAUCAUCAAUUACUACUAGCAGCUCACAAAGUAAAGGAAAAUCAAAUCAGAAAUCGACAUCAAAUGAAUAAUUGAAUAGUAUCGAAUUGAAUGCAUUUAUUAAUCUAGUGGCGCUUCGAAAGUUUUAAUAACUGCAAAUUUGACCCUCAAUCUAUUCGUUUUUACUGAUUUUUGUCUUUUUUAUAUUGCAACGUCUACGUGUAUUUGUAUUUCGACGGGACCAGUAUCUCAUUUUUUUCAAGCUGGAGAAACAAUAGUUGUACUUCAUUUUUGAUGUUUUUAGUAACUAUAUUAGAUUAGAUUAGUGAUUCGCUCAGAUGUUAUUAUCUUCCACAUUGGCGUGCUAUUUCAACGUAGCUGGUAUAUCAUCAUCAUUCAUCCGCCCUCAAUUUCUUAUGGCAACCAAUUACAAAAUUCUUUUGAUGAUUAUGUUCUGAUUAUGGAUCAAAAGCUUAACUGAUUUAUUUCACACCAAGAUAGAUAAUUUAUCCUUUUUGAUUUGCAUCUAAGUAACUAGCAUUCAAUGUUUAACUACUCGGUUUUGGCCCAAGGAACAUUCCAUGGCCAUUUGUCGAGUUGUUUAAUAUCUGCCCCCUAAUUAAUAGAUUCACAGUAACUUAAUAAUAUUGUCGUUUCACCUUAGUGCAAUUUGUAUCAUUAGUGCAAUGCUAUCUUUGAUAAUAAUUAAGUGUAUUAAAAAUAAAUUACAAUUA